GUCUGCUUGUCUUUGCUCACCGCUCUCCACUCUUCAAGACCCUCUCGUUUUACCUAAACUACACCUUAUACUCCUUUUUAAGUCCGUCGCGACAAACAACGAGUUUAUGUCAAUCGAAAACCUCAAGACCUUCGACCCCUUCGCCGAAGCUGACGAAGACACCGGCGAUACAAAACAAUCCCAAAAUUAUAUCCAUAUACGGAUCCAACAGCGCAAUGGUCGCAAGACCCUGACCACUGUCCAAGGUCUCCCUAAAAAGUUCGAUCAGAAGAAAAUCCUCAAGGUCAUUAAGAAGAAGUUCGCUUGCAAUGGCACCAUCGUCAACGACAGUGAGAUGGGCGAGGUGAUCCAGCUCCAAGGGGAUCAGCGCAAGGAUGUCCAAGAAUUUUUGGUCGAUAAGAAGGAAGGACUCGAACUCGACGCGAAGACCAUAAAGGUCCAUGGGUUCUAAGCCAAUCUCAUCACGCCCGUCCCGUAUCGUCUUCUCAGUCCACUCCAGAGGAUCUAUAAGAGCCAUAUCAUUAGUCACCUUUGUCCACUGACUGGGGAGGCUCCCUCUGUGGAGAGAUCGCCCUUGAUCCGUUAUUGGUCUAUGAAUUGCGUAUUACCGUGCAGAAUUUCCGUCCUGCGAUUUAGCGGUCUGGAUAGGAUAGAGAGUGAUUGGGCAGUCGAUUUCAUGUGAUUCUUAGAACAAAAACGCCAACCAUCACAACCGAGGGGAAAGAUCACGCCCGCCUCCUCCCUUUUAAAUCCGAGUAGACGGGACGAUGACGGGACGAGGCGUUGAUGAGAUACCCCAUGAUCUGGAAAACCAUCUUCUGUUACUUUUUAAUGUUUGUUUUUCAGUUAUUCAUUACAGCUCAGAUGACGACAAUGGGAUGAUGGCGAUGUGCAAAUUGCUCCCUCUUGAUGACUUCGUUAUUUUUUUUUUAGUCGUUAUGAAGUACCACCGAAAUGAAUCAACAGCUGCAUUUAAUAGUAAUGAUAAUAAAGGCGGAAGAAUAGGUGAACGUCUCGCCGGGUUGUUGAUUAAACCAAGCAUCGCGUGGGGUGAAGUUUGUAAUGUGGCAACACAUGGGUCCAAAGUUCCGGUUUGUUUAGAUUCUUCGUCGGAACCGCCUUGGCCCUGAUUUGCUUUUCUCAUUGCCAAAUGUUGAUAAAUCCCAUAGUUACUUAUCACAAAAUGACUAUGAAUCAUCUUCGGAAAU